AUGGAUGCAGUGGACUCACCUGAGCCUGAGCUCAGCAAUGACAAGGACUCGGUUCGUGUAAACCCAGGGAGUCCCCCAGGUCAACUUCCGCCACUGAAUGAUUACACGACAAGGAGAGAACCUGAAGGGAAAAUUAGUGAAGAGUCGACGGAGACAGGAGAGGUGGUGUCAAAGGCCAGAUUUAUUAUUGAUCCAGAAGGAGAGCUCACUCAUGAUCAAACAACUGUCGACAUUGUAACUGUUCCGUGUCCCGGAGCAGAUCCCCUUCGAACAUGGAGUCGCGAUGGUCUCAUGAGUCGAUACUACGGAGCAUUGUCUAUGCGCGACGCCGAAGGUGCAGCCUCUGAUGCCGAUCGACCAGCUCCAUCAUGGGUUCGCCAAGGACUUCGUCGUGAAGCCGAUCGAGCUCGGAUUCUGUUGUAUGAGCAUCCAUCGACGACUGAGGAUACGAGGCUGAGUACUCUGGCUGAUGCAUUGUUGGAGGAGUUGGGAAAUUUGAGAAAACGAGAGCAGCAGAAAAGACCGGUUGUGUUUGUGGGACAUAGCAUUGGCGGUAUUAUUGUCAAGAUGGUGUUGACAAAGGCGAGCAGAGACCCGUCGUUUGAGGAUAUCUACAGGCAAUGUUAUGGUGCUGCAUUCUUUGGCACUCCUCAUCAAGGAUCGAGUUACUUUGCCAUGCCGAGUCUUGCAACGGGUAUUCAGAAUCUGCUUCAACUAUCAGCGGCUAUGCCGACAUCAAUAACCGACGACCUUCGUGUGGGAAACAAUCUUCUUCUCCAACUAGACGACGACUUUAAAUCGAUAGCACACGAAUUUCGCAUUUGGACGCUAUAUGAGACUAUCGACUCUCGUCUUUCAGGCAGCUCGGGAGAUGUCUACUUCACCGCACCACUAACCUCAAUCAAGUCUGCUAUUCUUGGCAUGCGACAAGAGACCAUUCUCCCACUUCAGAGCGACCAUGCCAAUAUUGCUUCUUUCGGGCGUCAUAAUGUGCACACGAUGCGUCUGUUUCUCAAGCAGUUGUCGGCUCUGAUCGGACGUGCAGAUGAGUACUCUCGUGAGGAUGGAAAUUGGUCUCUGAAUCUCGAGUCAAAGGUAAACGUCGAGGUUCACGGAUUCUUUGAAGAUCCCCCAGGACCAUUGGAUGUGGCGACGAUUCGAGCUUGGUCUACGCGACUGCCACUCCGAGAUUUCUUGAGAAAGGGACCAGAGGAGUGUUUGGCUGAGAGGUUGAACGAAGUUGAGACGGUUGAUGAAGGCAGGUUCUUGAGGAAUCGAGGGAAAACAACGAUGCUGCCGACUGAGAAAGUUGCUGAUGAAACACACGACAACCCUCUUGGGAUCUCGCAAGGAUCUGUCGAGUUGUGUCCUCCUGCAUCCCCUGUCAUACGGCCUGUUGAUGCAGAAAAGACAAGAUCAGAGUCAGCACCUCAGACGGGAGCAAGAUCCCCCGUCACACCUUUAUCACCAGCGGCGAUAUCACCACCCACACACUACUCAACACCAAUGCGACGUCCUUCGCCGCUUAUCCGUGCCAAUUUUGAGCAGGAUUUGGCUGUCGAUCGUCUAUCACCUCCUCCUCGUGGAAGGAUGGGUCGAUCUCUGAGCAGGUCUGUCAGCAUGGGAACUCAAGCCUCACAAUACGAGUACAAGGACUUUCCUCCAUUCUCACAGCGAAGUCGAAGCACCAUAGAGGGUUUCAGUGACGAUGACGAUAUCGAUGCGUCUCCGAGGCUGCCAGAAGCGAUCGUUGCUAUCCGAAAGGCCGCUAAUAAUGGCGAGAGGAGAGCCAGUGAGACAGUAAUCGUGGAUGAAGUACCUGUUGCGUUUUCGAAACCUCACAUUGAAACCCGCAAGUUUAUGUGGGUUCAUCUGCCGUAUAAUAAUCCCAGCUGGGUGACGAAAAUAUUCGAGACUUUGCAGACAGCAAACAACCGCAAUUAUGCUCCUCUGUUCAACAAUGACUUCUGGGCGACGAGGCAUUCUCGAGGGCGACACUCUCAACACUAUGCGUACUUUGCGAAACCAGGCUGUUACUUUUCAGCUCCUCGGCACAUGUCACCUCGAGGUCGAUCUUCGAAACAAUCAUCGAUAUCGCCCAAGCCAGAAGGGGGAAUUUACACCUGUCUCUUCCUCCCGUAUCUUCACUUUGACUCGUACAAACGACUCAUUCGCCGACGAGAACUCAUCCUUCAGCGUCUCGGCCAUGGGCGAGCCAGACCUGUUCCCGAAUCUGUGGCAAAGUCUGAUUCUCUUGAAUCACAGGUGAUCUGGGAGUUUUUGGGCCACGACCCACCCCUCAACUGUCGGCGAACACUAGAUCAGUACGGAUAUCCAUCGUUGAGGGACACUCGGUCGCGAGAUGAUGAUCAGAUGCUGUAUAAACUGACAAAGGAACGGACAUUUCCUCCCGGUUUGGGGCCAGGACUUCAUGGGCAAAUGUCGAACAGUAGUUCAGGGAGUAGCGGAAGUGGUAGUCGACGAUCCAAAACCAGCAGCCAGGAUGGGGAAGACGAGGAGGGUUGCGAGGACUCUAUACUCAACGGUAAUGUUCUCAUGGUGGAUCAGGUGUGGCUUUGGGCCAUAGACUCUCAUACCCUACUCUCCUUCUUCCCGAAGCGGGAGGGUGAUGCUAUUGAAGGGCCUCUGUAUCAGCAGGCAGAUCUUCGCGACAGCAUCUUUAACGAAGUCAACGUCGAUCUCACCCGGCAAUGCGAAAAUGCUUUGGACCUGGCGGCAUUAGCAGUCCUCCAUGCUGUUACAGUCCUCCUCGACAGAUCUUCGCACCCAGACCUUGAAGUGUUUCGAAUCUUUGAAGAGGCCAUCAGCGUUCUGACCGAAAAACUCACCUCAUCGCUCAAAACAUUUCGUGCCGAAGGAUUCCGUGACAAAGCGUCAGCCUAUGAGCCAGUUGAGAACAAAGCUCGUUCCAUCAGAGCACGCCAUAAAGCCGAAGGCCGUCGAGCAGAAGAGGAUAACCGGGACAACACAUCUGCUCUCCUUGAACUUCGAGAUAUCGAGGAUGAACUUCUUAUUCUGGUUCAUCUGUUUGAGCGUCAGUCUAAAGUCGUCAGCUCUAUGCUCUCUACUUACACUCGUCCGGAACUGCGUGACCGUACUGCAAACGGGAGACUGUUCCUGAGUGAAGCAAUCAAGAAAGUCUCAGAGUAUACACACCAAGCUCAAGAGAUGAUUCAGAGAGUCCGGAGUACGAGGAACGACUACGACAAACUGCUUCAGAUGGUUCAGCGACAGGCGCAGGUUGAUGAGGUACGGCUGAGUAGGCUUCAUGCCGACCUUGCAAGUGCGCAAAGUCGCAGUGUCAUGAUCUUUACCACAUUUACAGUCAUAUUCCUCCCGUUGACCUUCUUUACCGGUCUCUUCGGUAUGAACACUCAAGAAUGGGGUGGUGAGAAUAACCUGUCGCUCAAGACCAUCGGCGCAAUCUCUUUACCCGCUAGUUUCGCCCUCGUGGUCUUUUCUCUCGUGGCAGCUUUUAGCACAAAUGCUCGACUUCUGAUCAAGUGGCUUGCCCACAUGUACCGACACAUGAUGUCUUGGGUGUGGAGAACGCUGUGUAAGCCCGCUGUUGCAAAGGUUGCCGAUAUGCUGCCGCAACGAAAUGAGCGACAGAGGGAGGAGAGGGACUCAAGAAGUGGGAAGGGAAUCUUGAGAGAGGAAAUGAGUGACUUUUGGGAAAGACAUCGAUUGGAGAGGGACAGAGGAUACACGGUUCCUGAGAAGAAUAAGAGGACGGUGGUGAGUGGUAAGAGUAGUUGGAGGAAGAUGAAGUAGACAGUACCACUGGUACAGUACUGAUUGUUCAACAUCUUUCACUCGUUUCUCCCUAUAAAAUCGGGAACUGUGCUCCAAUUAGCUGCUGAAUAUGAUUGUUCGUCGGAAAAGGCUGUGAUGCUCAUCUUCAUCCAUCGAUCCGUUACAG